AUGGUCAAAUUGAGGGAAGUCGCCGAAACGGCAACUUUUGCCUGGUCAUAUGAUUCAAUGCCAUUGAUGGCCACUGGAACAUUGGCAGGUGCCAUGGAUGAAACUUUCUCUUCGGAAUCUGCAUUGCAAAUAUGGGAUGUUUUCAGCAAGGACGUGCCAUUGGCCAAAUUCUCUCUUGACAACAAAUUCACUUCGUUAGCUUGGAGUAAACCAUCUGACAAGUAUGAGAGAGGGAUUCUUGCUGGUGCCUUUGAAAAUGGAGCUAUCCAGCUAUGGAAUUCCGGUUCUUUGCUCGACAAUCCGGACCUUUCAGCAAGCUCAGUGGCUGAAUAUAAGAAACACACCGAAUCUGCUCUACAGGUGAAAUUCAAUCCCUUGCAGGACCACAUUCUUGGUUCUUCCGGAACCAAAGGCGAAAUAUUCAUUUGGGAUACAAACAAGGGAUCGUCGUUUUCGCCUGGACAGGCAAUGUCGCCAAUGGACAAAGUUUCCUCGUUCUCGUGGAAUAAUAGCCAAUCGCACAUUUUUGCAUCUGCAGGAAAUACUAGCUACACGUCAAUUUGGGAACUGAAAGCCAAAAGAGAAGUGCUUCAGCUUAGUUAUUCGGGGUCCAACUUGUCGGUGGUCGAAUGGCACCCAACGGAGAGUACAAAGCUUGUUACUGCCUCAGAUUCCGACGGCGCCCCUGUUAUUCUGACAUGGGACCUUAGAAAACAUACAACUCCCGAGCUGGUAUUGAAAGGACAUAGAAAGGGUGUUUUAUCGCUUGACUGGUGUAAACAAGAUCCUGGAUUAUUGCUUUCGAGUGGAAAAGACGAUUCCACCAUUUUGUGGAAUCCUCUUUCUGGCCGGAAGCUUUGCGAGUAUCCGUCGUUGCCGAACUGGGUCCAUGAGACCAAGUUCGCUCCCAAACUUCCUGAAGUGUUUGCUAGUGCAUCGUUCGACAAGAAAAUACUAGUGCAGUCGUUGCAAGACACUUCUCCACCAGUGUCUGCUAAAGUCAAUUCUGCUAACGAGGAUGACUUCUGGAAUCAGCUUUCUUCUACGGACACUCAGCAGCCUAUUUUUGAGGUGAAGCAGGCCCCUACUUGGUUACAAAGACCAGUUUCUGCAACAUUCGGUUUUGGAGGAAAGGUGGUCGUUACCAAGAACGAACAGAAAGGAUCAUAUAUUAAGAUUUCUAAGUUCAAAGCUAGCAAAGCUGUUGAGGAAGCUGCCAAGAAACUGGGGUCUGCCAUCCAAAGUGGUAAUUUCAAACACCUUUGUGAAGCAAGAGCCGAGACCGCUGAAGAAUACGCAGGAAGCAACGAUUGGAUUGCCUUAAAAGAUCUAAUCGACAAUGGCAAGCUAUCCUUGAUAAAAAAACUGGUUCCCGAAGAGAAGAACCAAGAGGACAAAAAAGCAGCUGAUGAAACAUCAGCCGAUGAUGAAGAUUUCUUUGCCUCGCUUGGAAAGGAGAAAAACAUCAUGGCCGAUUUCGUUCCAAGUGGGGAGUUUACAUUGGCCAAUGAUGGAUCAUUUGAAAGCCAGACAGCAGAAAAAUUAUUGGCAGGAAAGAACGAGGAAGCUAUUGAACAAUGCAUCAAAGACGACCACAUACUGGAGGCCCUCGUCAUCGCACUCAACGGCUCUGAAAGUAUGAAGAAGAAGGUGAAGAAUGCAUACUUCUCGAAGUACUCGUCUAAGUCAAUAUUGGCUAGAGUGUUGUACAGUGUGUCGAAUGGAAACGUCGGAGACAUAGUUGAAAACGCAGACAUUGGUUCUUGGAAGGCAAUUGCAAGUUCUGUACUGGCUCAUUCUGAAGGGAAACCGGAGUUCAACGAUAAUUUCGUUAAGCUGGGAGAUAGGCUUUUGGCAUCCAAAAGUUCAAACGCCCGAGACAAUGCUAUCGCAUGUUACAUUGCCGGCGACGCAUUAGAUAAAGUUUCGGCCAUCUGGGUUUCCGAGUUGGAAGAUCUGGAAUCUUUCUUUUUGAAACUGGAGGACGAGAGUAGCACCCCUGCAGAUGCACGUUUCAAAGCUCUAGAGGAGACCAUUGAGAAAGUUUUGGCCUACCAGUCGACCAAUCUUGCGACAAUUCGCUCCUCGCCGGAAAGCCUGGAAGGUUUGGGUCAUGCCUACAGAGAAUACGCGGAGGCUCUUGUCAAUAAUGGACACUUUGACCUGGCCAGCCAGAUUCUGGAGAGGAUACCAGAUACUGUUCCUGGCAUGAAGCUGGAAAAAGAUCGCAUUUCCAAGUCGCUCAACAAAAGGCAGAAUACCGUCAAACCAAAGGCAUAUGGCGGAGUUUCACAAGCAUCUCCUUACAGUGCUCCACAGGCACAAGCAUACACUUCUGUUGCACCUUCUGUUCCAGCAAAUGGUACCGGUGUCAGUCAGCACAUCAAACCAAACAGCCAAGCUACCUCAUUCAAUCCAUACAGUGCUGCUGCAUCGCGUGCCGCAUCGGUUGCAACCCCAGUUCCCUCUAAGGUGCCUGCCGCGGCACCAACGGGCCUGGCAGCUAAUCCGUAUGCACCAAGAACAGCACUAGAUUCACUGAAACUGCAGAAGUCUCCACAGCCUGGCCAUACAACACUGGCAUCGUCCAUGACUCCGCCUCCUCCUCCUAAGACGGCAUUAAAAAAAGAUGUUGGAGGGUGGAAUGACUUGCCUAGCACUUUGAGCUCACAACCGGCCAGGAAGACAUCUGUUCCAUCCGUUCCCUCAGCCUACAAUUUCCAUGCCAUUCAAGAACAGAGCAACGCGCCUCCUAUCUCGAGAACCUCGUCUCAACAGUUCGGAGUGCCUCCUCCUCCUCGUACCCUGAGUAAUACCUCAAUGACCAAGACCACUCCACCACCUCCUGCAAGCAGCGUGCAUCAGCCUCCUAAACCUAAUAAAUACGGACCAACGGGCUCUGCUGUCCAGUCGCCUCAACUUGCAGAAACGGCCGAGCUGUCCACCCCAUCAAGUGGCAGAAAUACUCCUUUCAACCCAUACGCACCGAAGGUGAACAACCAGGCUAUGGAUCCUGCUAAGAUUCCUCAAGCUUCUCCGAAGAUUCAGACAGGAGCGCCUCCAGUUGCGUUCCCUGGUGUGAAUGCUGCGAUGCCACCACCCCCAAGAAAUCCGUAUGCUCCAAAGCAGGCAGAGACUGUUUUUCCUGCUCCAGGAAUUCCAUCUGCCACCAGCAACAUAAUCCCACCUCCGGUGACUAACAUUAUACCUGCUGCUGCUAGCCAGGCCGUGCAUUCAGCUUACAGCCACACGGAUUCCAUGCCGCCACCUCCACCAUCAUUCAAAGCACAAACUCCGGCAGCGUCUCCACCACCGUCGGCCCCCAAAUACCCUUCGGGCGAUAGAUCACAUAUUCCUGAAUCGGCCCAGCCUAUCUACCAGGUAUUGACCAGCGAGCUGGACAAGCUGAAGACCAAAAUUCCAGAAAAGUUCUCUAAGCAUCUGGCUGACUCCGAGAAGAGAAUCAAUAUUCUGUUCGAUCAUCUCAAUAACGAGGACUUGCUGAGCCAGCAAACCAUCCAGGAACUGGUGUCGCUAUGUGAGGCAAUGACAAAGUCCGACUACGCGACGGCGGCAGCCUUGCAAAAUCAGAUAGCCGUGGAGCACGUUGGCGAGUGUGGCGACUGGAUGGUCGGCGUGAGACGACUGGUCACUAUGGCUGAAGCUGUUAACCAGUAA